UUGAUUGUGACCAUUGGACCAAAGGCAUAGAGUCCAAAGUGUUUCCUCCCACAUCAUGGGGGUUAGGUUGGCAAUAAGCGUAUUUGUCUCCAGCUCCAUGGGUGGAAAUAGAGCUUUGACAUUCACUUCUACUACUUUCAGGCUGUCUACAGUUAUCAGUUGUGGGACAAUUGUUAACCCUGUAUGAGUGGACGUAGCAGUCCCUGGUAGAAUGUAUUUUCCAGCAGGUUAGUUGUUGGCUUCAGGAGAGCUGUCUGGUAGUUGUCAUUGUUUAUUGUGAAUUGGUGGGGAGAUGCCAGCUCCACCCUAGGGAUACCUGCUCUGGUUCUCCAUCCGUGAUCGAGGGGAGCAGCUGAGUGUGGUUGGCUUGUGGGGCAUUUUUUGUCAUAGCGCUGCCCCUCGGACUCGGCUCCCCGUUUCCCGGAAUUGAAGCUAGUUUUUGCACAGCUUUUGGUGAGAGCAGCCUGCCCUCUCUGUCAAAGAGUGAUCUACAGUCACUUGCCCAAUGCAAUCCCUUUUUGCAUCGGGGGCACAAGCUGGGAGGUACUGUAGGCGUUCUUGUUUUCAGCUGAGGGCAAUCUUUUUUAAAAUGUCCAGGUUGUUUGCAAUGGUGACAGGUAGCUUCCUUCUGCACUGCCAGGACUUCGGCUAGGAGAGAUUUGUUGUAAUUUCUGGAUCCUACUUUGCGACAUGCCUUAACUAUGUCCAUUGGAGUGGGAUCUUUAAGAGUCCUUAAUAUUUAUUGGCAAUCAUCACUAGGUUGCUCUAUAGCCAAUCUUAGAAAUAGUGCAUCUUGAGCUUCUUGGUGUUUAAUUUGUUUUGCAAUAGCUUUCUUUAACCUUUCUGCAAAGUCUAUAAAUGGCUCUAUUGGUCUUUGUUGUACCUGGGUAUAUGAGGGUAUUGGCUCCGCUGCCUCAGCAACAGCUUGAAUCGCUUGAAAAGCCAGAUUCUUUGAAGUGUCCAAUUCAUUCAUAGGAAUUCUGGCUUGAGCCUGAUUGGAAAUAUAAGGCCUCAUCCCAUAGAGCCUAUUAAAGGAUUCCAGGACUGCGGUACCUGUGUUGGUGAAGGCUCACUCUGCAUGUUGCCGAAUGCGACCUUGCCAUUCAUCUAAGAAAAGUGUUACCUGUAUGUUAGUGAAAAAUGUGUUUACCAAUUCUUUUAUAUCAUUUAGUGUAAAAGUGUAUGCAGUGAAAAGUGAACUUAAUACCCCUAUUAUGUAAGGUGAGCUCAGUCUAUAAUCUGUAAUAGCUUUUUUCGUGUCCUUAAGAACCAGAGACGGAUAGGUUCCCAAAUGGGACGAUUGUUGGGGUGGUAAUAUACAGGGAAUGCUUUAACCAAAUUUAAAUCAUCAGCUGCUGAUACUUGUUCUUUGAUGUAAGACCAUCGGCUUCUCUGGCAUUGGCUCCGGAGAGACUGGGACUAUAGCCGCAGAUAUGUUGGCAGGACUUGUAAUGCGUGUUUGCCAAUUGUUAUCUAUACUGGAGAUCCUGCACAUCCUCACUGGCAUUGACAAAAGCCGUCUCCUCCCCAGGUUUUUGCAGAUCACUGAGAGAAUAAUUGUUUUAUUUGUCGUGAUCAACAGUCAGGAAGAAGUUCAAGGGAAAUACGUCGUGUGUGUUUUAUUUUUCCUUUGGAAUUUAUUAGAUGUGGUCAGAUACACUUACAACAUGUUGGCAAGGAUGGGAAUAUACUACCUACCAUUGACAUGGCUCAACUUCUCACUGUGCAUCCCACUUUAUCCCCUUUCAGUUCUGGCUAAAGCAUUUGCAAUUUGUGUAUCACUGCCUUAUUUUGAAUAUUUUGGCACAUACUCCAUCAAGCUACCAUUUCCAUUCGCCUUCUCAAUCUACUUCCCCUAUGUUCUGAAAAUGUACCUGCUAGUGCUCUUUACAGGUAAGUAUCUCAUCUUUCAGAAAGCUGGGUGCCAAGGCAACUGGGAUGUCUAUGGUAACAAAAAAUCAAGUCAGUAUUGUGCCUUUCACAAACUCUAACUGUCUGCCACAUCUUCUGCAGACCACUGCAGGGAAGUGCAUCACCACCUGUUUUGAUUUCCAGUGUCUUUCAAAUACAAGUAAUUGAAUUUGUAAGAUACAUUAUGUGUGUGAGGCAUAAAAAUACAAACCAAUAAAAAUUGUUUCAGUGGUCCUGGCCUUACAGCUACUUAGAGAAGCUUUCUUUUUUGUUUUGUUUUGUUGUUGUGUGUUUUUUUUUUUUUAAAUCAAUUUCCAUUUGAUCAUACUCUUGUUCUGUGCAACUAUUGCUCAUUCAUUUGUGCUAGCUGGGAUGAGAAGUUAUAUCUAAAUUAACACUUUUACCGCUUGAUUAUUCAAAAGAAUGAAAAAACUAGCCGACUCCAAAACCUGCAUGUAAAUAGACUCCU